UCUGGAAUGACAGGCAUUCCUGCGUGAAGGGAGCUGGCACGGACGCCUAUUUAUGAGAAUCAAGUGCCCGACCAUGGGGUACGGGGAGCACAGGACCUGCGCCGGACCGUCGGACACUCAUGCCGUUGCCUGAGAGUUGGCAGCCGCCUCGCUCGCCGGGCUCUUUCCCAGUCCGAAGCGUGGAUUUAUCAUUUUAAAGGACUAAAGUGCUCUCUCAGGGUAGACUUUUUUUUUUCCCUCUCUCCCCCUCCCGCCUGCUCCUGGGGAGCUGCUUAGAAAAGAAUCUAAUGGGGCAGCCGCACUUCUCGAGACCGGUAAAUCCAGCUGCUUUUGCCGAAGAGGUGGAUCACCCCCCAACUGAUGCCAGCAUGGGGGUAGACGUUUUGGAAGCGGGUGACACCACGCCUCCUACAAAGAGGAAAAGCAAGUUCUCAAGCUUUGGCAAGAUCUUCAAACCCUGGAAGUGGAGGAAAAAGAAAAGCAGUGACAAAUUUAAGGAGACUUCGGAAGUUUUAGAACGAAAGAUUUCUAUGCGAAAGCCAAGAGAGGAGCUGGUAAAAAGAGGGGUUCUGUUGGAAGACCCUGAGCAGGAUGCUGAAGAACCAGACAAGCUCAACCCGCCCGCACUGAAGAAUGGCCACACAGUCCCGAUCGGUGGUCCUGGGGUUUGUAACCUGGCCAACCAGGAGGAAGAGGCCACAAAGCCAUCCAGCCUUAGGAAGAUUGUUCCAGCUGAGGAACCAAAGAAAAGGCAGGGCUCAUCCAGCAGCCACUCUGGGCCUGAACCGGAACCACCUCAGGAGCCACAUGUUCCCAGACAGCCUCUGCUUCCUCCAAAAAGACCUCCCUCCACUUCUCAGGAGGCAAACGAAGCACAGGCAAAGGAUCCAACGCCUGUCAGCAGCGCUGCAAAAACUGCACCCUCCACCACAGCCCCUGUUGUGGCAAAGACAGUCAAUUCCACAGCUGCCCCUUCCCCAGCCCCCAGGACUCUGCCCCCAGCUCUUGCCAGUGCCAACACUACUGCUCCCACGAGUACAACCAGUACAGCUCCUGCCAAACAGCCGCCCGUCCCUCCUCCCAAACCUGUCAACAGAAAUAGCAACUCAGUAAUAGCUGAACUUUCUCAAGCAAUGAACAGUGGUACAGGCUUGUCCAAGCCUUCCCCUCCUCUCCCACCGAAGAGAGGCAUCCUGCCUAACAACACAUCAGAGGUAGCUACCACUUCCAAGCCCCCGAAUGACAGGACAGUGACAGCUAACCGCCCUGCACCAGUACCGAUGCACAUGACCUCUGCUUACCCACCACCCUCGCCUUCGCCGCCGCUGCCCACGCACAUACCCCCGGAGCCUCCACGUACGCCCUUGCCUGCCUCCACCCCUGUCUUGGACCCUCCACGCUCCCUGGACCUACCCAAAGAGACAACAACGACUCCUCUUCCUCCUCCUGAAGACUUCAGGUCCCUGGAAACGUCGAAGAGGAUGGCAGAGCAAGGGUUCGUCGAACCUCACGUGCUGCCUCGCCUGCCCCAAAUCCCGUUGCACAUCCGUAUUCAGCAGGCUCUGGCGAGUCCUCUGCCUGCCACCCCUCCUGCCGAGGGGUCGCACAGGGCUCACUCGCUGCUCUUUGAGAAUGAUGGCUUUGGAGAAGACAGUGGCACCCUGGGCAGGACGAGGUCCCUGCCUGUCACCAUUGAGAUGCUGAAAGUUCCAGACGAUGAGGAAGAGGAAGAAGAUGACCAGGAAGAAGAGCAGAAUUCGGGCCCUCGUGUGUAUAUUGGAGAUGUCACAGUCAUCCCAAAACUGGUGCCCCAGGUCCUGCCAGAGGAGCAGGAAGGAGAGGAAGGGAUGAGCGACUCUGACUCGGAGGGACCCAUCCUGUACAAAGAUGAUGAGGAUGAGGAAGAAGAUGAAAGCCAUAACAGCACGCUGGCUAACAAAGUGAAGAGGAAAGACACGCUAGCUAUAAAGCUGGGGAACGCAACCACGCCACAGGAGGAGAAGAUUGUCUUCCCUCGGAAGAGCAAGGAGGAGUGGAACGAAAUUCGGCACCAGAUUGGGACGACGCUGAUCAGGCGACUGAGUCAGAGACCGACAGCAGAAGAACUGGAGCAGAGGAACAUACUUCAGCCGAAAAAUGAAGCUGACCGUCAAGCUGAGAAGCGAGAGAUCAAACGCAGGCUCACCAGAAAGCUUAGCCAAAGGCCUACAGUGGCGGAGCUGCAGGCCAGGAAGAUCCUGAGGUUUAACGAAUACGUGGAAGUAACAGAUGCUCAAGACUAUGACCGGCGAGCGGAUAAGCCGUGGACGAAGCUAACACCAGCUGACAAGGCUGCCAUCCGGAAGGAGCUGAAUGAGUUUAAGAGCUGUGAAAUGGAAGUCCACGAGGACAGCAAGCAGUUCACGAGGUACCAUCGACCAUAAUCUUCCAAGAAGGGAGCAAGAGACCCAAGAGGACUGGAAGUUCUCUGCAUCCCUCUCCUAGGCAAUACAGAGAGGGUGGAACCUCGGCUCUUCCAAGGUUUGCCUUCAAAACAUAUCCAGAAAAGGGCUUUCGGCCAGAGAAGGGGAAUCCUGUCUGAAUGUAGCAUUUCACUGGAACAAACACGUCUCGAGUGCCAUCAGGCUGGAACUGAACACUAUACCUCGCACGGCUCAGCAAUACGUCUCUGCUCCGGCGCCAGCGUCCCUGCCAGGAGACCAUGCACGUGUGAACCAAGGGUUCCGUUCCCCGGCUCCCUUUCCCAGCCGGGACAGGUCCAGUUCUCAGCUGUACAUACUCCUUUUGGGGGAUGCAACUCCUUCGUUUCCUCCUCCUUUACCUAGAGGAGGGGGGGGUAAAAAAAAACAAACAAAAAAACAACAAAAAAAAACAAAACAAAAAAAACA